AUGCUCAAGGCGCAGAUCGUGCAGAUGCAAGUUGACGGAAAAGCACGUGUAGGCAAAUGGAAGGCAGCAAAUGACAAGAGCUGGAAGAGUGACGAAAUUGAGGUCAUGAAGAAGGGUAGCUAUAAGCAGUGGGUAGACUACGACCAGCUUCUGAAAGAGACGCGAGAUGGUUCUGGACUGAUACCGAAGUCCAGCGUAACUUCCACAUCCCCUCUUGUGCUCAGUGAGAAGAGCUGUUCACAUACGAUGAGCGGCUUCGUUUGCAGUAAAGAUGUAGAGGCACAGGGAUGGAGUCCUUCUGACGACAGCAUACCUGAGAUUGACGAGAAGAUGGACUGUAUGGCAUUAUCGGACUGCAAUCAUCAUGACACGGUGAACAGCAACGAAUAG